UCGUCGUUGUCUGCUUCUAUGGGAUUUGGUGUGCUGGUGGUGUAGGAUUGCCCCAGUGGCUGGUUCGUCGUGGGCGCCGUUGAGAUUCUAUGCUACGGUGACCUCAGCGCGAUUGAUGACUGACCUUGACUGUGUAUACUGACUUACAAUCGAGCUUCUCGGAAUGAGAACUGCCGUUUAGUAUUCACCUACCGACAGCCAAACACCGUAUUUGUCGGCCUCUUCCAAGCUUGCCUUCUCCCCAGAACCUGUCCCAGCUGAACAGGGCCUCCCAUGCUUCUCCCCCCGCCUCCCCAAGACAGACAGGGGACCAACUUGAUAUUUUGCCGUUUCUUACCAGACUUUGGUGCCAACUCCUUCUCCUUUUCGUCUGCAUAGCCGGCGACGGCUCAAGUGGAGUCUGUUUCUCCAUCGAGAUAUUCCAUAGCCUUCUCGCCACUGUAGAAACAAAAGUAAUCCCAUCUUUUUUUGUGUUUGUCCUGUUUCUGGCAUCCGACUGCUGCUCACAUUCUUUCAUUCUGGUAUCUUUUCAUUGUUGGAGCAUCAUUAAAUUUCACUUCGUCUUUCCAACUCUUUUCCAGUCUGCCUACUCGGCAUUGCUCUACGCCCGCACAACGCAUUCUACAUCAAACAGUUGGUAUUUGCUUUUGCAGUUCGCAUUCAGUCUCGACGAACGCUUGAUAUUACUUGCUUCUUCCCUUGGCGCAUGUGCUGAAAGUCGACACGAGGAUUGCCCUGUCAAACUUGAAUCAUUUGGCCGUUUGUGAGUAUAUUUAGUGUUGGAUUGUGUCGUUUGCGGUGCAUCACGACAAACCGUUGAACAGAGUCUUGGAGUGUACACACAUCAGUACAUUUUUCUUCUCCCACAAGCGCAUCUCUUCAGAAAUCUCUCUUUCGACGUUUGUGUCGAUUCCUUCUCGCUUGUUUUCUUGUUUUUUCUUUUUCUUUUUUUCUUCUCCCUUCCCUUCCACGCCUUACUCGCAAACUGCGCGCAAGAGCAAGGAAAAAGAAAAACCACACGCAAAGCACUACUCAACCCCCUUGUCUCCCGCUAUAGCGCCUGGGGCUAUAGCGCUCUCUGGUUGGCUGUGCAAGGUUACAGCACCUGCAGCAUGACGGAAACAGCGGCUCUAGUGAAUUCGGCCCACGCUAUAGCUCCCAACGCUGGUGCUAGCCUGGCCCGCUGCGCUAGCAACGCAGGAACCUUGCGACCUGGAAAACCCAGUAUUUCCUCGUCACGCUGCCCCUCGUCCUCUCCGAUUCCGCGUCCUCAGGGGAACAACACUACAGCCAGUCUUUGCUACCGGCGCAUCGCCAAAUCUUCUCGCCGCUCUCUAACCCUCUCUUCUCUGCCGGUUCCCAAAUCAAACUCGGCUCACGCUAGCCUUGCCGGCUCUGGAACAUCUCGCCGUGUCUCACCCAAUACCGUGCGAGUCAGGACCAAGGCAUCCCCGGCUCAGCCUGCGCUCGACCAUCAGAUAAACUCUGCUCGUCUUCCGCUUCCUACUGCUUCGCUGCAAACCUCUUUGCCUUCCUCCAGACCCCAGUCUGUCGUUUUGCCGCUGCGCACUCGCGCUUCUGUAGACAGUCUGCCAAAGCCUCCCCUUACAGCUGUUGAAGAGACGAGUCCUUCGCCUUCCUCGACAACCAGCGACGAACUCCCUUCUCAAACCUUCGAUACAUCUCCUACCUCGCCAGACACGAGUUCUGAAGUGGCAGAAAUCUACUCUGGACAGUCAUCGAAACGGAGCUCAGCUGCCAGCGACGACUCCUUCACGGCCAAUCACCUUCGGUUGCAGGCAAUCGAAGAGACGCUCCUAAACAGCGGCCGUACUGCCAUCGCCGAAACAAUCCUUGCUGCGCGAACUUCUCACGCAAAUUUGAUACCAUUCUUAUCCGAGUCCAGCCCUACAAAUGAUCAGCGCCGCCCAGUAACGCAUCGUCAUAAGAUCUCGCUCAGAUCCAGUCUGAGUAACGUAUCCUUGCCCUCGACUCCAGUCCGAGUCCCGCCAAUCCGAGGUUUUCGGUCGUCUGGCUCGCGAAAGAGCAGCCUUAUACUAGACAUGAAUGUUUCAACCCAACAAACCAAUGCUGUCGAUGACGGCGUAGCAAAUGACCACACACUCCGCCUUGUCGAUGACCGAGCAGAGCAUGACGCCUUGCAAGUAUCGACACCUACAACUGCACGACAAUCCAAUAUCGAAGAUUCAAGUGAUAUUUUCCUCAAUAUAGCACGCGAAGAGGCAUAUCGUAGAGCAGAAAAUGAGCGCUUCUACGGAGGUUCUUACACUCCACUCUCUUCAUCCGGACGAUCAGGCCACCGUAGACCUCUGUCUACAAGUGUCGCUUAUUAUCAGCAGCCCAUGUCGCCCCCAAAGCUGGCACGCCGACUUUCAGACCAACAAGAGCGACCCAAUUUGAGAGCCAUCGACGAUGACCAAUCUAGCCAAACAUCGCGAAGCAGCACUUUUCGAAGUAUGCUCAGAGAGAAAGCUGCAUCGUCUCAUCCCGCCGAAGAGCUCUCUCGUGCUCGUGGUGGUGGAGUAUCUCUCCGCCAAUCUCCUGCACCUAGAUCUCCUGUAUACCAUGACGAAGCAUUCCAGCAAUCUCGCCGCCGGACCUCUGUUACUGAGAGCACCCCUCCAGUCAGCGGUCGGCAAUACAAAUCAGCAAUUCUUGGACAUGGUCACAGAAAGACGUACAGCUCAUCCCCUCUUAUUCAAUCACUAGAGGGACGGGGCCAGCAGCAAUCUGCCAAUCUUAUGGACGGCACCGAAUCGACAACCUCGACGACAGCACCUUCAACUGUCUGGGACGAGCUUGACGACCUAAAGUCUAGAAUCAACCGCCUGGAGCUUACUGGAAAACUUCCCCCAACCUCGGCUGCAGCAGUCGCUCGCCUAUCUGAUGAACGACCUGCAACAGCGACAACUACAGUUACCAGUGCUUCCUUGUCUCCCAAGCGCCAACCUACCCUUCAGCUGGAUACCCAGAACGGUGUCUCUUCGCACCCCCUCUUACUCACUGCCCUUACAAAGUCGAAACAGAUUCUAGGUCCUGGGGUUUACCAAGCUCUAGAGAGUGCCGCUCACGAUGCUCUUGGGCUGUCCCAAAUGAUGGGCACCGCCGGUCAAGGCCCGAUUUCGAGUGGCGCAAGCGCCAUUGCAUCUGGAUCUACUCCGUCUAUUACGGACAGACAGCUUCGGCGCAAGGCUGACAGUGUAUGCCGCAGCUUAACUGAGCUCUGCCUGGCUUUAAACGAAAAUAUGGCCCAAGGUACCGCAUAUGCCCAACCACAGGCUGCCAACGACAAUCCCCGUGCAACACCAACUACGCCUACUAUCCCCAGAUCGGCGGGAGGGAUGGCGAGCUCGCGACGAUCUAGCAUCACGGCCGACUCGAUCCCACCACCUCCUGGAAGCGCCUCAAGAGUACUCUCGAAAUACGAGGAGCGGAGAAGUGCCCACUUCUCGGCACCUCCCAUCUCCCUCUACACCAACCCCCACAAUCCUACUCCAGACCCCGGAAUGUCUAGGAGGUCAUCUCUACUUAUCUCUCGAACGAGACGAGCACAAACAGAAGAACCAGAAGAGGGUCGAGAAUCACCAUUCUUGCGUUCCAGACGAACCGAGAGAGUGGAUGCUGAGGAUGGCUGCAGAUCAUCAUUGUUGAUACGAAGCCGUAGGGGUUCUGUCGACCAAAAUGAUGAGCCCCAGCUUGGGUCACCGAUGAAAGUCCGUGGUAGCCAGACUGCUGAUUAUUCUCCGGAAAAUCAGACACCAACCACAGAGACUGAUCCCAAUGGUUCUGCGGGGCCAUCCCGUCGAUUCGUUUCCGACUUUCAUUCCCGCGUUACGAUUCCAGCAGGACCAGCUACGACACACCAGAGACGAUACCUUGAACGUGGAACACCCGACCGCGAAGUUAGCACGCGAACUCCAGACUUUAGUGCAAUGCGCCGCCUUUCGCUUCAUAGUCGCAAUAACAGCUUAGGCAGCCGCCGAGUGAACCGCGACAGCAUGACGCCAUCAGCCGAACCGACUGUAGCAGCGGAAUAAAGGCCACAAGAUUACGGAACCUGUACUUCCCUCCAUGGUGUAUAGUCAGGUCAGAAGCUACUUGUAUAUAUUUCUAGAAACGGAGCGGCCUUGCCAUUCUGACUGCUCAUCGUUUUCAACACAACUUAGGCCUGUAUAAGCGAGCAAUCGCAUCUUAUGUGGUACAUUACGAUUAUUCCUGUAUGAUAUUAAAAACAUUGUAGCAUGAAAUUGACUAUUUAAAUGACCAA